GCCUUUCGCACUUUUCAACCUGAACGGUCGGGCACUUCGGUCUAUAUCUUUCUCUUUAUCCAACUGACUGUUUCUAUCUUCGUCCGACACUUAUGGCCCCGUAGCAACGAUAUAUCGACCAUCCGGACGCUCACAAUGUCGAUACGCCAUUCGGCCACCCACCUCACCCGAUCGCUGGCGACCCGCAGUCCUCGGCCAGCAGCUGGCUUACUUGGGACGAAUGGCUUUCAGAAGUCAUGCAUGGCCACUGUGACCCCUCCUGUGACACAAAAUGAAGUUGGCAAGCAAGGUCCUACAGCCAUGGUUUUCAUGAAUAUGGGCGGUCCAUCUACAACCGAUGAAGUGGGAGACUUUUUGAGCAGGUUAUUUGCCGACGGCGACCUGAUACCUCUCGGUCCCCUCCAGUCGUACCUGGGACCACUUAUAUCAAGACGGAGGACCCCAAAGAUACAGAAACAAUAUGCUGCUAUCGGUGGAGGCUCUCCCAUUCGCAAAUGGUCGGAACAUCAGUGCGAAGAGAUGUGCAAACUGUUAGACGAGAUGUCUCCCGAGACGGCACCCCAUAAACCUUACGUCGCUUUCCGAUAUGCGAACCCACUGACCGAGCACAUGUAUGAGCAACUUCUCAAGGAUGGCUUCGGGAAAGGCAGAGGUGGUCGCGCAGUUGCAUUCACGCAGUACCCACAGUACAGCUGUUCUACCACAGGCAGCUCUCUGAACGAGUUGUGGAAAUGGCGAAACAGAUUGGAAGGAAAAAGAGCUACAGGCGAAACAAACCCGGAUGGCGCCAUCACAUGGAGUGUAAUCGAUCGCUGGCCGACGCACCCUGGGUUAGUGGAAGCGUUUGCACAAAACAUCGAAGCCAAAUUGGCAGAAUAUCCCGAGGAGCGAAGAAAGGAUGUGGUUAUCCUAUUCUCAGCGCACAGUUUGCCAAUGAGCGUGGUCAACAGAGGCGACCCUUACCCUUCUGAGGUGGCAGCUACGGUCCACGCUGUUAUGCACAGACUAGGGCAUUCACAGCCGUACCGUUUGUGCUGGCAGUCUCAAGUUGGACCGUCUGCAUGGCUGGGUGCGCAAACGAGCGAUACCGUCAAGCAAUAUGUGGCUCGAGGUCAUACGGAUCUGAUUCUGGUUCCGAUUGCCUUCACAAGUGACCACAUUGAAACCUUGUACGAACUGGACUUGGAAGUGAUAGAGGAGGAUGCGAAGGGACAUCCAGGUGUCAAGAGAGCGGAAAGCUUGAAUGGAAGCCCUGCGUUCAUCAAGGCUUUGGCUGACAUUGCACAUGCGCACUUGAAAAGCGGCGAGAGUUCUUCACGGCAGAUGCACUUGAGAUGUCAAGGUUGCAAUAGUGAGAGAUGUCUGGAGCAAAAGAAGUUCUUUGCGGGAGAGCAAGCGAAGAUACUUCCCACGGUGAAGUAAUGGCAAAACAAUGUAUAUGUAGAAUGUCUUGACCUACAGUGUUUUUACUACGAGUACUAAUUUCAAAAGUCACUGCUCUCAUACUA